CUGAGAGCCACUAGUAGUGUUUGAAGAUCUGCCGCCGCCGCCGCCGACGUUGCUGCUGCUGCUGCUGUUGCUGAGGCUGCCGUUGCCGACGGAUGUGGAGCGAAACUUUAGAAGGAAGCAACCUGAACCCGGGACGGUGUACAACAUCCACAUAUAGUUUGCUGGUGGGUUCUCGUGAAGAGAGAGUGUGUUUCCUGGUGCUGAGAGCGCCGAUUUUACUCCGCCGCGCGUCGAAUGAAAAUAAACCGCAGUCAGAUAAAAUCCGAAAGAUAAUUAGUAUUUAGUUCGGGAAGUGUGCUUGAACCGGCCAAAUGUACUACGCGAUAUUUCUCGGGAACGGCUGUGUGCAGUGAUCUGACGCGAGAACUCCGCGCGCGUGAAAGUUUUUCCGCCCCAGAAAAUACGCCGUCCGGCGUUUCGGGGUCAAGUGAAAUCCACCACUCGCCGAGGUGGUCCCUUUCGCGCAAAUGGUGGUCUCCAGGUGGUGAUCCGACCGCAACCGGGGCCGGGGAAACUCCUCGGGUUAGUUCACACGCAAGUGUCUCCCGGCCUCCGAAAUUAAUGUCUUCUUUUUCACCGAAAAUGACUUCCAAAGUGAAUAAUUACUCAUUGACACAGAGCGAUUGGUGGUGGGUUGUAAUCAUAAUUAAGGCCAGCAGCGAAACCACGGUUGUUCCUCGAUCGCACAGACAACAGGUCCAACUGAUCCUGAACACGGAAACGCAGCAUCACCAUCAGCGGCAGCAGUUCGUGUGAUAUUAGCCGGAGGGUACGAAUUUCGGGAAAAAAAUACUUUUGCUCUUCAGUCUGAAAAGUCCAGUGCCUGUCGUAAUUGAUUACUUAGGCAAGUGACGCUUUGAAACUCGGAACGAACAGAAAAAGAAAACAAACUUCGACCGGAUCACGACUUAAUUAAAAUUCAAUAAAACCAAUAAAAAGGAAAAGUGCAGUGAAAAGCUCAGGUGUCCAAGUGAAUCCAACGGCAGCUCACGUGAAAGUACUCGCUGAUCCGUUGCUGCAGGGGCGCUCUGACGGUGGUCAUUGAUUGUUUGUGGAACCAGUCGCCCGUUCGGGUCGGGUCGGGUUGGGAAACGGUGACGCUGGCCGCGGUGGUGGGGAGUAGUCGCUAUAAUCGCUUUUUAUAGGCUGUGAUAUUUGCUGCCAAGGGGCGGCAAGUUGUGCGGUAGCACACAAGCAGAAUCCUCCCGUGACAUACAACCGCGUACUCGUCGUCGUCGUCGUCGUCGCCAACGGAGCACUUGGUAGCACUACAGAGUAGCAACAUGCGUUUUGUGCUGAUUGCAAUUUAUUUGAUAUUAAUUAUGCCCAUCACUGGAUCAUGGUGGGCCGAAGGCAGCAACAUUCUUCUGGAUCCAGCGCAGGUUUGCGAGAAUAAGCACAAAAAAACGAAACGGCUCACCGGGAAGCUGGCCGACAUCUGCAAGAAUGAUACCUCACUGAUGAAGGAAAUCAAACGGGGAAUUCAUCUAGGCUUCCGGGAGUGCGAGAACCAAUUCCGGAACAAUAUGUGGAACUGCUCGUGGACAAUUAAGCGCAGCAUGCGAAGAAUACUGACGAGGGAUACUCGUGAGACGGCGUUCGUACACGCAAUCACAGCCGCCGGGAUUACGUACGCCGUUACGAAGGCCUGCACAAUGGGUGAUCUGGUGGAAUGUUCCUGCCAGAACCACGUGAAAAAGGCCAUCCAGAGCUAUGCCGAUGGUGGAGCUGAGACUGGCGUCGCUGCUAUGCCUCUGGCUGGAAUCGAAGAAGUUGGACCGGGUGCCGUUGUUGGCUUGGGGCAAACUAAUGGCGGUCGAAGAGCCAAGAACGGCCGAAAAAUGAACACACGCAAUACAAUGCUGAUCACUUCGUACCGGAACGUCAAUAGUAAUUUCAAAAACUACAACAGUAUAACGUCUUCGUCGGGGACUGGCAAGAAGGAGGCGAUCAAAUCAUUGCAAAACCAAAAAUCGAAGUCUACCGGGCAGGAUGGUAGCUGGGAAUGGGGAGGCUGUGAUGAUAACGUCAACUUUGGGUUCAGAAAAUCGAAGGAUUUUUUGGACGCGCGGUUACGCAAGAAGAGCGACAUCCGGACGCUGGUCAAACUACAUAAUAACAACGCUGGGAGAUUGGCCGUCAAGCAGUUCAUGCGGAUGGAGUGCAAGUGUCACGGGCUGUCCGGUUCCUGCACCAUGCGAACUUGCUGGAUGAAGAUGCCCCCCUUCACCGAGGUAGGAAUUCGGCUGAAGGAACACUUUGACGGGGCAACGAAGGUGAUAGCGAGAAAUGACGGACACAGCUUCAUGCCGGACGAUCCGUCGAUCAAGCUGCCGACGAAACGGGAUCUGGUGUACACCGAAGAUUCGGACGAAUUCUGCGAACCGAAUCCGAAGACGGGUUCGCUGGGCACGAAAGGCCGGGAAUGCAACAUCACUUCCAACGGGGUCGACGGAUGUAAUUUGAUGUGUUGCGAGAGGGGACAAACGAGGAAACAGGUUGAGGUUAAGCGGAACUGUAAGUGCAGCUUCAAGUGGUGCUGUGAAGUUACCUGCAGCACGUGUAUCGAUGUGAAGGAAGUUUACAGCUGUAAAUAGCGGUGAUUGAUCGGAGGUGAUGUAGGUUGUAGGGUAGAUAGAUGAUUGUAGUUGCUGCAUUUGUUUCUAGUUGGCAGAUACUUUUUUUAAAGCUACUCUCAAAGUGAACCCGGCAAGACUGAUCGAAGUGACAACGGUGAAUGAAGAAGUUUCUAUUGAAAAUUCGGUUGACAUGUCUGUAUAGAUUGAAAUGUUUAGGAAUUGGAAUCAAAUUGAUUGAAAUAAAAAAAUGUUGUGUUAUAGCAGUGUAACUUACCAGAUCUUUGACUAAGCUUUAAUCAAUCCGUAGGUAUGUAAAGCUUCCAAGAAAGCAGCGCUAAUAAGUAGAGUAUGUUUGCAAUAUUUAUUGUUAAGUGUGGAUAAA